CUCUUGCCAGUUCGUCGCACUGCACCGAGCUCCUGCACCAAGCCUCCCCUCGGACCAGCGUCUUCGCUGCACACCUCGCCGCCUCGUUGCAUCGAACCGCCGCCUGCGAUAUAUCCAUUGUGCCAGCAUGCUCACUGCCCAAGCCACCACACCCGGUUCUGCUGCUAUCCAACAGCGCGUCAAUGCCUUUCUCACCGUGCCCUCGAACUUCCGAGCCAAGGCUGCCCAAGCCGGAAACCCCAAGGGCUUCUCGGUCUUUGACAAGAAGCAAGCUGACCAAGCCAGCGAUGUCGCCGCCGAUCUCAUGAGAGUCGCCAACUCCACCCAUGAUCUUAAUAAAGUCAUGGAUGAGGCCGAGAGUCUCGCCAGGACCAUGGAUCCCGAAGUUGUCCGCCAAGGAUUGAUGAUCUUCUUGACACAUCACCCCCUGGCCCAGAGUGCCCACUUGGUUAUUCCCUCGCUGGGCGCGCGUGCUGGUGCUGUCGUUACAGCCAAGGUGAGACCAUCGGCAUCUGCUGGUCCGAUUUCCAGCGGGGUCGGUGGCAUCACUUCGGCUCUGCGCAACACUCAGGUCUCGCCUCCAGCUCCAGCUCCAGCUCCUGCUUCGGCUCCUGCUCCUGCUCCUGCGCCUGCUCUUCAGGCCGCUGUUGCUUCGGCUCCUCAGGCUGCUGCUCGUUCGGGUGCUCAGAUACCUCUGAACAACCGCCCUAACCUCACUCCCGAGGAUGUGCUGGACUACUGGCGCGACGAUGUCAACCUCAACGAGCAUCACGAGCACUGGCAUGUUGUCUACCCAUCGUCUGGUGUCCCAAACCCCCGCAACCCCAAUGGCCGCUCGGCCAAAGACCGUCAGGGUGAAAUCUUUAUCUAUAUGCACCAGCAAAUGAUUGCGCGAUACAAUGCCGAGCGCCUGGCCUCUUCGCUCCCGCCCGUCAAGGCCCUUACCAACUUCCUCACCGACGCCCUCGAGGGGGACAUUCCCGAGGACGACCUCCGCAUCAACGGAAAGGGCUUUACCCCGCGUCCCAAUAACUUGAGGAUGACCGAUCUCGGCGUCUCUGGUCAAAAGGGUUAUCUUCCGGUGUCGCAGCUGUGGACCUGGAAGUCCAACCUGGAGAAGGCCAUCGACGCCGGUCGCUUCCAGAACGGCACGGUCAUCACGCCGCACCUCCUGGGCUCGACUCUUGAGGCCAGCGUCGAUGGAGUUGACUCGAACACAUACGGCAACUUGCACAACAUGGGCCAUGUCAUCAUCGCUUACAUCUCAAGCCCGCGCAACUACCAGGACCCCAAUGUUGCACCCGGUCUGAUGUACGAAACCCGUACCGCCGUUCGCGACCCUGUUUUCUGGAGAUGGCACUCCAUGAUCGACGAUCUCUUCUUCCGCUGGCAGGAGCGCCAGGCCCCUAUUGACUUUGGCGACGCCCCCAAGAGCAUCUCCAUCCGCAAGUCCAUCAACGCCGGCGUCCACGCAUCCCAGGACAUUAUCUUUGCCUUUACUGAUGUACUGCAGCAGGCUGGCGUCAACGCCGCCAAUGCCGACGCUGUCCAGCAGUGGGGCCAAUCCAAGUUUGGCGGGGCCAACUUUGACCAGGCCGACAUUGCCAAGCUUGCCAAGGAAGCAACCAGUGAGCUCCAGACCACCAUGCUCCAGCGAGCCUACACCUAUGUCGACGACGACGGCAAGACCGAGAUGCUGGACUACAUGCUUCCCAGAGACUUUUACUACUUUUUCAGGAUCCAGAACGCUGCCGAUAAGAGUGUCGACGUUACUCUCAGAGUGUUCCUUGUGCCCGUCGCCCAGGCCAACAACCGCCGCGCCUACAUUGAGAUGGACAAGUUCAAGGUCACCGUCCCGGCAAAGUCCAAGUACGUCGUCUCACGUCGCUGUGACCAGUCGUCGGUCAUUCGAAAACCGGCUCAGAAGACUCCUCAGGAGCUCAACAACGGCGUCACUGGCCGCCAAGACCGGACCGGAGAUGCCUACUGCGACUGCGGCUGGCCCUACAAUCUGCUGCUUCCCCGAGGUACCAAGCAAGGCCAGGCUUAUCGCCUAGUUGUCUUGGCCACAGACUGGAACAUCGACAUGGUACCUCAGAAGGAGGUGUGCGGCAGCAUGUCCUUCUGCGGCGCCAAGGAAAAGUACCCCGAUACUCGGCCCAUGGGAUAUCCCUUCCAUGCUCGCUGGAAGACGCCUUCCAUCGAAGAAAGUAUCAAGGCCACCAGCACCUUUGCAUCCCGGGAUAUCGUCAUUCGCUGGGUGGACCGAUUCUGAGAUUCACACAAAUGGCGUUUGUCCCUCCCCCCCCCGCCAUCAAUGAGUGCAUUCAUCGAUUAUGAAUACACCUGUCAAUCUCUUCGGUAGAAUACCAAAUCGCUGCAAUUUCAUCUUGGCUGAAAUACCCAUUACUCUGGUGGCGGUGAAGCUGCUCGAAAUACACGAGGGACUGCUCGAAAUACAUGAGGACCUGCUCGA